CAAAAAACUGAAAGAGAAACCCUAGAGGGAGUGUAAAUGACAGACGAGCAACAGCAGAUUAUCCCGCAUUUGCAACGACCUGAAUCUCCUCAACGCCCCUCUAAACUGGCCAAAUUCGACGGCGUAGAUUUCUCCGGCGACGGCGAGGAAGAGGAGGAGGAGGAGGAAGCCGGAGAGUUCGCUGAAAAAAAUAUGGUACCGAAUCCGAGAAUUCAAAGAUACCUAGUUGCGAUUGAGUAUUUAGGCACUCGAUUUUCCGGCGCACAACAGCAGCCAACUGGUAGAACUGUUGUUGGUGUUCUCGAGGAUGCUUUUCAGAAAUUUAUUGGACAGCCUGUUUCGAUUUUUUGCUCGAGCCGGACUGAUGCUGGUGUUCAUGCACUGUCAAAUGUAUGCCAUGUCGAUAUUGAGAGGACAAGCAAAAGAAAACCGGGUGAAGUGUUACCACCUCAUGAACCUUCUGUUGUCAAAAGUGUUGUCAAUCAUUUUUUACAGGUAUGCUUUCAGUAACUGAUGUAUUUUUGGUUGGUUUUAUUUUCUAAUAAACGAAGAAACAUGGUGCAAAAUGAUGGUCAGUAUAGUUUCAGGAAUAAGAUUUCUAUUUUGAAGUUACUCAAGAAUGACAUUCUUGCAGCACCUAUGAAGAACUAAUAAGAAUAUAUUGUAUUUCUUAUAUACUCUUGGAACUUCUAGUAACGAACACGUAAAGUUGAUUUCUGUUCAAUUGCUGGAAAUUAUUUUUUCAAAUCUCUCUUUCCCUUGUUAA